AUGAAUGCAACAAAGCGCAAGUUUAAUGCUUUGCUUCAAGGUCUAAGCAGCCCUCGACCUUCUCCUUCCGAGAAAGACGCAGAAGACAAGAUGAACGCCAGCACCCGAUAUGGCACCAGCACUGCGAGCAACGAUGCGAUUCUUCAGAAGCGAAGGCGACUAGGAUUUCCCGAAUCGACUGCCCCGACUCUGCUCAGUCCAUCGCAUACUACUACUUUCUCCAACGUGGUGCUUAGAAGGUCUGGCACACAGCUAAAUAACAAAUCUACGAGCCAAGCGCCGGCGAAAUACUGUCCUGGGGAUAGGGACGAGCUGCUCAAACGGUUGGCAACGUUUCAAGAAAUCACAGCCUGGACACCCAAGCCUGACAAGGUCAACGAGAUCGAAUGGGCCAAACGAGGAUGGAUAUGUCAGGGGAGAGAGAAGGUUCGGUGUGUAUUGUGCCACAAAGAGCUUGUUGUGAAGCUCAAUCGGAAGGAAACGGAUGGAAAGGAAGUGCCAGUGUUGGUAUCAUCUGAGAUUGCCGAGGCUUUGGUUGACAAAUACUCUGAACUCAUCAUUUCCUCGCAUCAACAAGAGUGCUUGUGGCGAAAACGUGGAUGUGAUGAUACCCUUCUCCGACUCUCGUUCUCGAACACAUCAACGAUACUAGCAGCAUUGCGGCAACGAUAUGACGAGCUAUGCGCGAGAACGCCUUUCCUUCCAUACGAGUUCAACCUACGCUUACCAGACGAAGUCAAUAUCGACAAUAUUCUUUCUCAGCUCCCUGCCGACUUCUUUACCGAACCGCCGCCGACCAUCGACAAGUCUGGAGCAGUAGCUACGGAUAAACCGCCCAACCGAGCCGCAUUGGCGUUGGCAUUGAUGGGGUGGCAAGGCCUCACAAAUCCACGGAUUGGAGCAGUCCCCAACUCGGCGUCGUGCCACAGUUGCCUGAGACGGCUUGGACUCUGGAUGUUCAAGAGUAAGGAGGUCGACGAGGAUGGGCAUGUUGUAGUUCCGGCUCCUAUGGACUUCCUGGACCCGCUUCGCGAGCACCGUUUCUAUUGUCCGUGGAAAAACGCACAAGCGCAAAGUCGAGCCGGUGUUCCGCAUGGUGAGGCCAGCAUGCCAGGGUGGAAGACACUGAUUCAAACAAUAAAGAAUGAAUCAGAUUUGCGCCACGUCUACACUGGCAGGUCAAAAAGAGUAGGACAGCUUCAGGAAGGGGGGAUAGGGUCUCCAAGUCCCGUUAGGAACGCACCAGGCACGCCAGGAUCACCUAGCCCUGCCACUCCAGGAGCAAAGGUCAGCAUAGACGCGCCAUCAGUAGUAACACCGCAGGCAGGUACAGGAGAAGAUGACGAGAAAGUUCGAGAAGCAAAGGACAAGGAGCGUUGGGCGAGGUUAAGAAAAGUAAAGAGCUUAUUUGAUACCAAAGGGUCACGGAAACUUCGAAGGGAGUUGGGCCGCCCGGGGACCAGCAACUCCAACAAAUCUACGACUGGCACAUGA